UCAACCGAUUCCUUUCUUCUAUGCCAAUUUGGCUACUUUUGAGGUUUGCCAAAUCCCAUCUUUAUAAAAAUAUACACAUAAAUAGAUAAAUAAAUAGAGCAUUCUUAUGUUCGAUGGUUGCAAAACCUUAAAUGGUGGAAAAAUUAAAGAGACUCUGAGAUAGAGAAAAGGAAAGUGAGCACUGAGCAAUGCGUUUCGAUGGUAGUAUUAGGCUAAUGGUGCUCCUGAUAAUCCUAGUGUGUGGGAGCGAGAGAGGUCUGUGCAUAAGAAACCCAGAUCGGAUCUCUCAAACCAAAACUUCUCAAUACCCGUCUCCCAAUCACCCUUUGAAAACUGCCGUUUUUGCUCUUGGUAGCUUCUGGAGAUCGGAAGCCAUUUUCGGCUGCUUGAAUGGGGUCGUACGAACCACCGCCGGUUACUCUGGUGGAACCAAGACCAACCCUGAGUACAGAAGUUUGGCCGACCAUGCCGAAUCUGUUCAGGUUGAGUAUGAUCCCAAGUUGAUUAGUUUCAGACAAAUUUUGGAGGUUUUUUGGUCUAGUCACGAUUCUAGGCAAGCAUUUGGGCAAGGUCCUGAUGUAGGUAGUCAGUACAGGUCAGUUAUUUUCACAAAUGGAACUGAAGAGGCCAGAUUGGCUGCCCUGAGCAAAGAGAAAGAGCAAGCUAAAUCGAAAGCUAACAUCGUUUUGACACAAAUUCAACCUCUUGGGACAUUUUAUCCUGCAGAGCCUGAACAUCAGAAGUUUGAACUCAAGCGAAAUCCGUUUCUUCUCCAAUUAAUUGGUAACUUGCCUGAAGAGGAGCUUGAGGCUUCCAGUCUGGCAACUACAAUGAAUGGUUACGCAGCAGAUCUUUGCCCUCUAAACAUUCAGAAACAGAUAGACGCGAAGAUCGGUGACAUUGUCAAGAAAGGUUGGCCUAUGUUGAGAGAAAUAUAGCUUGUCAUUUUCUUAUAACUUCAAAAUCAAUAGGCUUUAUCAAACGUCUGCAAUUGUUGCACCAUUUGAUUUGCUGAGAACCACAAAGCUCACAUAUCACAAGCUCACAAAUCACACAAGCUUUUGUUAAGCUGUGGAUCAGCUCUGAGUGUUCCACAACUUUUGAAACUGUAUUCAGAUUUGUUGUAGAUUUCUACCUGUGGUUUGAUUAAUUUGAACACAGAACUGCUGUAAUACAAAAAUUACAGAUCCAUAUUCAAUUUAUAUAUAUUUUUUUCA